UUGUUAGCGUCAGGGAUUUGAUUUUAAAAUGCAUUGUUUUAUUAAAACUAAACCAAUAUUCUUGUGUUAACUCUGUUUAAGGCAUCCAUUUCCCUUGCUCCUGUGAACAUUUUCAAGGCAGGUGCAGAUGAAGAAAAGGCAGAAACAGCUCGGUUGUCAUCCUUUGUUGGUGCCAUUGCUGUUGGUGACCUGGUCAAGAGCACUCUGGGGCCUAAAGGCAUGGACAAGAUUCUUUUAAGUACUGGAAGAGACAGCACGGUAACAGUUACCAACGAUGGUGCAACCAUCCUGAAAGCUAUUGGAGUUGACAACCCAGCUGCCAAGGUCUUGGUUGAUAUGUCGAAGGUUCAGGAUGAUGAAGUCGGUGAUGGAACUACAUCUGUCACAGUGUUGGCAGCUGAAUUACUGAGGGAGGCAGAAUUACUGAUUGCGAGGAAGAUUCAUCCUCAGACCAUCAUUGCAGGCUGGAGAGCAGCUACGAAAGCUUCAAGAGAGGCACUUUUGAAAGCAGCUGUGGAUCAUGGUGAUGAUGAAGUGAAAUUCCGUGAAGACUUGGUGAACAUUGCGGGCACGACUCUUUCAUCAAAAUUACUUACUCAUCAUAAAGAUCACUUUGUCAAACUAGCUGUGGAAGCUGUUCUUAGAUUGAAGGGUUCUGGUAAUUUGGAAGCUAUCCACAUCAUUAAGAAACUCGGUGGAAGUCUGACUGAUUCCUACUUAGAUGAAGGCUUUUUACUUGACAAGAAGAUUGGUGUAAAUCAGCCAAAAAGAAUUGAAAAUGCAAAGAUUCUUAUUGCAAAUACUGGUAUGGAUACAGACAAGAUUAAGAUCUUUGGCUCUCGUGUUAGAGUGGACUCUACAGCAAAGGUAGCAGAAAUAGAACAGGCAGAAAAAGAAAAAAUGAAGGAGAAGGUAGAGCGUAUUCUUAAGCAUGGAAUAAACUGCUUUAUUAACAGACAGCUGAUCUACAACUACCCUGAACAGCUCUUUGGAGCUGCUGGCGUCAUGGCUAUUGAACACGCAGACUUUGCUGGUGUAGAACGUCUGGCUCUUGUUACAGGAGGUGAAAUUGCAUCAACUUUUGAUCACCCUGAGCUAGUGAAACUAGGAAGCUGCAAGCUUAUUGAAGAAGUCAUGAUUGGAGAAGAUAAACUCAUUCAUUUCUCUGGAGUGGCAAUGGGUGAAGCUUGCACCAUAGUUUUGCGUGGAGCAACACAACAGAUUCUGGAUGAAGCAGAGAGGUCUUUGCAUGAUGCUCUCUGUGUUCUUGCCCAGACCGUGAAGGACACUAGAACUGUGUAUGGUGGAGGUUGUUCGGAGAUGCUGAUGGCGAAUGCUGUUACGGAACUUGCCAUCAGAACACCUUUUACGAAUGCGAUCCCUGCAUUAAUUAAAGCCAACCUGUGUUUAUCCCCUUAGAUCCCAACAAUAAUAGCUGAUAACGCUGGCUACGACAGUGCGGAUUUGGUUGCUCAGCUCAGAGCUGCUCACAGUGAAGGGAAGACUACUUACGGGCUUGAUAUGAAAGAGGGUAUCAUUGGAGACAUGGCAGUCUUGGGGGUAACGGAAAGUUUCCAAGUCAAGAGACAAGUUUUGCUGAGUGCAGCUGAAGCAGCAGAAAUGAUUCUUCGUGUAGAUGACAUUAUUAAAGCAGCACCAAGAAAACGUGUACCAGACCAUCGCCCAUGUUAAAUUUUCUUCAGUUCCUGAGGAUGUGUGGACCAGAUCUCACCUAGUAAUUUUUUUUUAAGGAUCUAGUUUUUGUGAGGUUAUGGAACAGAAGCUUGAGACGAGCAGAUCUCCAUCAGUGGCGUGAAAUAACUGCCUUCAGUUGGUUUUAACUUAUUUCAGUUCAUGUGUGUUGUGGGGAAGAUUCACUUCCGAGUAAAACAAGGGUUUUAUAUGACCCUAUUCCUUCUGUUCCUCUCCAGGUUCCACUUAAAAUACACAGAAAUAAGAAUAAAAAAAAAAAUCAA